AUGGCGAUGGAGAGACCCGUGCUCGAAGAGCUGGAUGAUGUACAUCUUAGGGAUGUUCUCGACGCCGAUUCGCGGCCGACCUUUGUCAUUGACCUUGACCCCGACCUGGAGGCUCUCGAUUGUGAGAGGUACCUCCUCCCCGUCUUCUGCAACGCGGCCCUCCGUUUGCAUGAGCGCCUAUAUGACAGUCUGGUAGGCCGUGAAGCCCAAGGUGUGCCGUUUGGAGACCCCCCAUCCACGUCGCCAGCUGCCCAUGGCCUGACUUCCGUGCAGCACCACGUUCAGCUAUCAAGCUCGUAUCAAGAGUUCAAGCUCUGGGCGACUGGAGUCACAACUCAUGAUGAUUCCAAGGAUGUUUACCCCCUUUGCUUCCUCUAUGGCGAUUUCAUGUGGAGUGGCUCUACUGUACGCAAACGCUGGAGGUUGAUUAGUGGCAACCGUCUGUGGCGAGCAACAGAGGCCUCUGGCCCGCGAGAUCUUUCAUCCGGGAUUCCUCCUGAGGUGGCAACUGGGGGUGUGCGCGCCAAGCGAGCGAAAAGGUCUCGAGAGGAAUCUACUAGGGCUAAUCCUCAAGCCUUAACUGACCAUCCUCUCGCUGCUGCUGCAUCUGCUAAACCAGCGACGAGACAACUGGACUCGGCCUCACAAACGGCAACAAGCACUCUGACAUCAUCCAGACUUCCUUUUACCUCAACAUCUUUUUGCUACCAGGAGACACCCACUGGCAGCUCGGAUGAAACCAAGGGUUCUUCUCACAGCGCCGGAUCCUUGACCCUCUCCCGGCCUGAGAAGGCUGUCACUGAUUGGACAGUACUUGAACCCAAGGGCACCCUGUCUGCCCACCUCCAGUUUGCUCGGAGUGUCAACUGGGCAUCGACACCUCUGGGUCCGAUGGAGAAAUGGUCGCCCGAGUUCCGUCAGCUAGCUAACUUGUGCAUGGGCAACCCGCACCCCGCUGCCCUGUUCUGGGGCAGUGAGCUCACAAUGCUGUACAAUGAAGCUUAUGCUGCCGAGGUAGCCGGGAACAAACACCCUUCACUCAUGGGGACCGGAUUCUCUGGGCCCUUCUCUGAGCUUUGGGACUAUGCUGGCCCGGUGUUCGCUGAGUGUGCCCGUACUGGAAUCAGUGUGCGUAAAGAGAACGACUAUCUCCCGAUCGAUCGGCACAACCUGCUUGAGGAGACAUUUUACUCUUGGUCCUUCACUCCUCUCUAUGGAGGCAGUGACCGCAUUCUUGGGUUCUAUAAUGCCCCAUUCGAGACCACCAACCAGGUCCUCGGCCAGCGUAGGACACACACGAUCACCAAGUUGGGCGAGUUCACUGCACACGCCAAGACGGUUAAGCAGUUCUGGAGGGCUGUUCUAGACGCGUUGGAGACCAAUCACUAUGAUGUCCCGUUCGCACUCUUGUACUCUGUUGGCGAUGGCGAAGAUACUGACCACUCCUCUGUCUCCUCUGGGAGCACCAUAUCUCUCAAGACGUGCUACCUAGAAGGCUCAAUUGGCGUCCCUGAUGGGCAUGUGGCAGCCCCGGAAUGCCUGGAUCUGAAGCGUAGCCGAGAAGGUUUUGUGCCUUCCUUUCGAGAAGCGAUGCGGACUCGCGAACCAACUCUUCUUCACACGCGAGAUGGCACCCUCCCUGAUGCUCUGCUGGAGGGCAUCAAUUGGCGCGGCUUUGGGGAGCCGUGCCGCGAGGCUAUCAUCCUUCCCGCCCGCCCAACAAAUGGCGAUGCUGUCUUAGCUUUUGUUGUCCUUGGAGUAAACCCGAGGAGACCAUACGACGAUAAGUACAAGUCAUUUACGACUGUGCUCCAUCGACAGCUCGCUACCUCCCUGGCUUCCAUAAUUCUAUUCGAGGAGGAGGUCCGUCGAAAUCGGGACGCUGCCGAAGCCGCCGCGUUGGAAAAAGAACUACUCACCCAGCAGCUUGUACUCCAAGACAACCGACUGCGACGCAUGACAGAACUCUCCCCACUUGGCAUGUUCUUAAUCAGUCCAGAGGGUCUCCUGAGGGAGGCAAACGAUCGGUUUUAUGAAAUGACCGGGAACACACGAGAUGGCCAAUACGAAUUGUCAUGGAUGGAGUUCAUCAUGCCUACUAGUUUGGACACAAUGAAGGGAGGAUGGGGUGUCCUGGUCGAUGAUCAUAUGCCCUGGUCAGGAGAACUGCAGCUGAAAACAAGGCCGACAAGUAGCCCAGUCAAUCUCCCCGAAGAUUUGAGGGAGUACUGGGUCAUGUUCAUCGCUCAUUUGGAAUUUACCGCCGAUGGAUCGUUGAGAUCUAUUGUGGGAUCAAUUAUGGAUAUAUCACUGCUUAAAUGGGCACUGGGUGUUCAGAACCACCGGCUUCACGAGGCUGAGGAGACACGGCGACAACAAAAUGAAUUCAUCGAUAUAACGUCACAUGAGAUGAGGAACCCACUAAGUGCUGUCCUUCAAUGCGCAGAUGAUAUAUCUACAUCCUUGAGCCGUUACAAGGCGAACACGCCACCUCCCCCUUGGUGCGUCGUGGAGUCUUGCAUCGAGUCCGCGCAAACCAUCGCUCUCUGCGUCCAGCACCAAAAAUCCAUCGUCGAUGAUAUUCUCACGAUAUCGAAGCUCGAUUCAAACUUGCUGCUGAUCACACCAUCCAUUGCACAGCCUGAUAUAAUCAUGCGCCGAGCCCUGAAGAUGUUUGAGUCUGAAGUACAGUCCAAGAAGAUUGAAGUGGUUUUUGAGAAACACCCUUCAUAUGGGGAAAAUGCUGUUGACUGGGUAACUCUCGACCCAAGCCGAAUUCUUCAAAUCUUGAUUAAUCUCAUGACCAACGCGAUAAAAUUCACGGCAACAUCACAACGACGGCUGAUCACGGUCGGCAUUGGCGCCUCCCUAACACCACCUGGCUCUUCUCAUAAUCUGCCUGGCUUCGAGUACGUCCCUGCUAAAUCAGGGUUUGGCUCACAAGUCAAGACUACUGGUGAUUGGGGAGACGGUGAGCUGUUGUAUAUACAUUUCAAAGUUGAAGAUACAGGUUGCGGCCUCACCGAGGCCGAGAAGCAGAUUCUGUUCCAACGAUUCAAACAGGCGUCACCUCGGACGCAUGCUCAAUAUGGCGGGAGUGGCCUUGGGCUUUUCAUUUCGAAGCACCUGACGGAGCUUCACGGUGGCCAGAUUGGCGUAGCGUCAGAGUCUGGCUCUGGAAGCCUCUUUGCGCUCUAUGUCCAAGCCCGCCGAUCCCCGCCACCGCCCAGUACAACAAACUAUGACACUGAAGAGGAUGCUCCGCCGCUUGCUACUGAGGCUCAACUCGGUGAUGAUAUUUCUCGCUCCCGCCAAGUCACCCCUCAGCGACAGGAUUACGCUACCGCAAGCCCCGGAGAAAGUUUAAAUCGGACCAACGCGACCCUUGAUCCACGCGACCUUCACAUUCUGGUGGUAGAGGAUAACUUGAUAAACCAAAAGGUCCUCGUUGGGCAAUUGAGGAAGACAGGAUGCACUGUGAGUGCUGCUAAUGAUGGCCUGGAGGCGCUGGAGUUUCUUGAGAAGACACAUUUCCGGACUACGGACGGCACCGGGAGUUGUCUGUCUAUAAUCCUGAUGGACCUUGAGAUGCCAAACAUGGACGGCUUGACAUGUGUUCGCCAGAUACGGCAAAUGGAGGACGAGGGUAAGCUGAACAAACACGUUCCUGUCGUUGCUGUGACGGCGAAUGUGCGCGAUGAGCAAGUGGCUACUGCUAAGACGAGUGGCAUGGAUGAUGUCGUUUCGAAGCCAUUCAUUAUCCCGGACCUCUUGAAAAAGAUAGAGAUGCUUCUGCUUACUUGA